AGUCUACUGGAAAGGGCAUGUCCACUGCAGAGCUGUACCUACAGGCCUGUAAACUAGUGGGGGUCAUUCCUGUUAGCUACUUUCUGAGGAACCUCGGCUGUGCCACCAUCAACCUCAACCACCAUGGCCUCGGCCCUCUAGGAGGAAAAGCACUGGCUAUAGCCCUUGUGACGGACAUGCACACCACAAGACUGGAACUAGCAGACAACUUUUUGCUGGGAGAGGGAGCAAGAUAUCUUGUGGAGAUGCUGAGAGCCAACUUCACUAUUCAGAAUCUGGAUCUCUCCAACAACCACCUGCAGUCUGCUGGAGCAGAGUGUGUAGCUAAGAUGCUGCUGGACAACAUUUCCAUCAAAUCAAUCAAACUCUCCGGAAAUGGAUUCAUUGAAGAUGAUGCGAAAUGGUUUGCAGAGGCCUUUUCAAGCAACUACAGAGUGAAAGAGUUAGACCUGAGUCACAACCAGUUCUCUGGAAAAGGGGGAGAAUAUCUGGGACAGAUGCUGGCUAAUAAUGAGGGCAUUGAGCUGCUUGAUCUGAGCUGGAAUCACCUCCGGAUGAAGGGUGCUGUGGCUUUCUGCGCUGGUCUUAAGGUGAAUGUGACGCUGAAGCAGCUGGACCUCUCCUGGAAUGGAUUUGGUAAUGAAGGAGCGCUGGCUUUGGGUGAAGCGCUCAAAUUCAACAAUACCUUAGUGGAUCUGGACCUCAGUAACAACCGCAUCACUAAUGAGGGAGUGGGCAUGCUCUGCAGGGGCCUGGAGGCAAACGACACACUCCGAACUCUGAAGCUGGCCUACAACUCUCUGACAGUGGAGGGAGCCUUGGCUUUGAUCAGAGUUGUAAAGAACACUCCUAAAACUGCCAUCGAGGAGAUCAACAUAUGUAAUGUCCUGGUGAAUGAAAAUUUUGUGCAGCUCCUGGAGUUAACAUGUCAGGAACACCCCAGUCUGGAGGUGCAGUAUGGUGGGGUUGGGGGCUUUAUUGCCAAAAAACCUCCAAAACGUGCCGACCCUAUGAAAGUGAUUCAGGAUUACCUUGAUGAGCGGAAACUUCGCCUUUGGGACUUCUUCCGGAAUAUCGACAAGGACGGGACCAUGCGUGUUCCUUUCUCAGAGUUCAGGAAGGCUGUACAGCAAUCCAGUAUCCCACUGGAUCGGUUCCAAAUUGAAGAGCUCAUUCAAAGACUGGACCGGGAAGGAACAGGCAGUGUAGACUACAGAGGUCUGGCUGACACCAGGAAGCAGAUGAUGCGAGACCACCGGCGGCAGCUGCGUAAAGUGGAGUCCCGUCAGAAGAAAGAGAAGCAGAAGAGCGAUCGCAUCCUCAAAACCUUUCAGACAGCCGUGGAGGCGGUCACCCCCCGCAGCUCCAUGGUCAUGUCACCGGGUGGAGCUAAAGAAGACUCCAGCGGGCCUCAGCCCUUCUCGGCCACACCCCUCAGCUCCUGGCACCACAUUAUCAUGUCCAACAGCAGCCGCUACUCCGUCACUAACCUGAGCAGUGAACACGUCCACCUGCCCAUGAUAGGCCGCACCUCAUCCUCCAGACCUCUCAGCUCACCAGCCAUGCGCACCUACUCCCAGCCCAACCUGAUGGAUGAUGGCCCACUGCCAUAUCUCACCAAACCUGCCUCUGCCCAUGGUAUUCACUCCAUUUCCAAUCCAAGUGAAGGCACUAGCAAGCUUAGCCCCACUGCCAACCUCCUGACUACAUCAAGACCUGCGCUAAACGCCAAUCAGUCUGCCAGAAAAGUUUCCAAAGGGAAGAAAAAGACGAGUAAAAAACGAGUAGAGAAGACAUCAAAGAAUCAAAGUAAAAAAUAAAGUAGUAUGAAUAAAUACAGAAUUUCUCUGCAAUAGAAAUUAAAAUUAUACGCUCACUCACCCUGAAAAAAAUGUUGCACCCAGAAGGAAUAAAAUGACAGGAAUGAAACUUGGUAGGUUGUUGCGCCAGACUGUCAUGAAGUGACUUGUAAAAUUGCAGCAGAUGAUCUGGUUUUGUCUUUGGGUAGAUGGCCAAUGAAUCCAUGUAUGAAGGAACUGUGGUUAAUGAUGUGUUGUCACGCGUUACAUAUUCAGAAGGCCUGCUAUGGUCUUCAUUACAGAUGCUUUGAUAGCCCAGCAUUACAGUACUAAGGUCCUGUAACCAGUGGCUGACCUUUUCUUACUGCACAUUGUGGUACAUGAUUCCAACAGGACAAUGCUCCUCCACACACGGCUACUGUCUCAAGUGCUUUGCCUCAAAGACUAUGCCACACUUUGCCAUGGCCAGUAGCAUCACAAGAAUCGUCACAGGACACCAUUAGGAGCCUCUACAACUCAGUGCUGAGACCUGGCAUGUUGGAUUGCACAUGCAUUACACUGCGUUUGUAUGUGUAGCUCAAAUAAUAUGACCAAGAGUUUUCCAUUUACUGUACAUUAAAAAUUCAUCAUUUGCAUCUGGGUGCAACUAUUUUUGCAACCAUUUCUUUAAUGAUAAGUGUAGAGAAGUGGAGAAGUGGAGAAGUUUUGGAACAUUUGGCCAAAUCAAACAAAAGUAGUAUGUAGAGCUUAUGUAGGUAAACAAACAUAUAAUACAAUGUGUUUUAUUCUUUAAUAAAAUAAAAAAUAACUGUUCAGACCAACAAUUAAUGAAUGAAGUCUAAUUUCACUCUGAGUUUACUACCUUCUUUUGAUGGAAUAUACUGUAUCUUUUCUUUUCCCCAGCUCUGGACCUUUUAAUGUUGUUGUAAACUCGUCAAAACCAUUUUUGUACAUGACAAAAGGAUCUUUUCUUCAGACUUAUUCCAUCAGUGACCCCUGGAAAUACUGGAAUGAACCAGGG